ACCAUGAACCAUGAGUCUAUCACCUAAAUGUCUCUGUCUUUCUUGUCCUACUGCAGGUCUUGGUUAAAGAAAGUUGGGAGGAAGUUACUGUGGUGGAGAAGCCUCCCGUCUACAAGUCUCACCGAGACAGACCCAGACAACCAGCAAGUUUAUGAUAGUACCCUGUGAUAAUGCACUUCCUCACACUUCUAAUGCAGCCUACCUGACCUCAUGGGAUUCCUAUCCAAGGAGUCGUCCAAUCCCAUAGCGCACGGUAGUUUCAGGGGUGUAUGGAAAUGCACCUACACCGCGUCCGACCAGGAGGCAAGCAUGUCGUGUACAUGAUGUACUAGUCUAGCUAAACGAUCUGAAUCUAUGACAGGUAGCAGUCAAGUCCAUAAGGAUCAACGUCGCAGGCGACGAUUCCAAGGCCAGAAUUACCCAAGUACCCUCUUGGCUUCCCAUUUGCAUCUGAUACGCUUGCUCAAACAUCAUGGCUUCACAGAAACUCUUGGCCGAUUUUCGUGCACGGAAACAACUGCAACACCAGAAUAUUUUGCCUCUGCUCGGUUUCAGUAACGAGUUCGGGCAACUCCCAGCGAUGGUUUCCCCUUGGAUACACAAUGGCUCGCUUACCACAUAUCUUGAACAAAAUUUCACAGAGUUGACUAUCGAACCUAAACUUCGAAUCUUGCGACAAGUUGCUGCAGCCGUCAGGUACCUUCACUUGAAGGGUGUUGUUCAUGGUGACCUCACUGCCAACAACAUUCUAAUAGAUUCCAACCACAACGCCCACGUAGCAGACCAUGGGAUCCUCACCAUGUGUUCUGAGCUCUCAGGUACUUCAUACAUCAGAAGCAACGUGUGGUGGGCUGCUCCAGAGCUCUUUGAGGUGCCUGAGAACGAAGAGUCGUUAACUUCUCCAAAGCCAGCGAGCGAUAUUUAUUCCUUGGGAUGCAUCAUGCUUCAGGUUAUGACAGGUCAACAACCCUAUGCAAAUGUACGGAGCGAUCAUCAAGUCACUGUCUUGAUACUCAAGGGUAACAAGCCCACAAGGCCCUCGAGUCCGCACAUUGCAGAUUCUUUUUGGGAUUUCAUCAAGAAAUGCUGGAAUGAUAUAGGACAUCGCCCCUCUGCUGUUGAGGUUUCGAGUUUUUUAGGAUCAGAUCAUGUCAUUGCGCUAGAGUCCAAGUGAAACAGCAAAUUUAUCGGAGAGCUGAUCGAUAUUAUUUUAUCUGCUACCUUGAUUUAUGUAUAUGUAUGUAU